AUGACAGAUCAAAAGGAAAUCGAGAAAGCGUCGCAAGGCGCUCACCCUUCUACGCCAUUUGACCAGACAGAUACUACGGUCGAAGAAGGUAUCACACACAUAGUGUCCGAUUCGAAGGUCACGGUCGACGGAUUGAAGGUUCACCCACAACCGACCACAGAUCCAUUAGAUCCUCUGAACUGGUCAACCUUUCAGAAACAUGGCAUUCUCGGCAUUGUGAUGUUAAAAUAUUUCCUCUUCACGUACCUCACAACGACAACGGUGCCUUCGUUUGUGGAAAUCCAGAAUCAGUACCAAAUCAGCUAUGAGCAAGUAAACUGGACUGUCGCCUUGCCUGCUCUUGGUCUGUCGGUCGGUCCAUUGAUCUGGUCCUCACUGAGUGAUAUCUAUGGUCGGCGUGUCAUAUUUCUGGUUGGGACGCUUGUGGCACUGGUCUCGACAGUCGGGGCGGCCGUGGCCGAGUCAUAUGCUGGCUACAUGGCUACUCGAUUCUUUCAAGGCUUCGGUGUUAGCCCUGCCGCGACGGUAGGAAUGGCCGUUGUGAACGAUCUUUUCUUCGACUACGAGCGAGGGCAAAAGCUCGGCUUGUGGGUUCUGGCAAUUGACUCGGGACUGCUACUUGGCCCUACUUUCGGAGGCUUCCUUGACUUGGUAAGCCCAGCCUGGAUCAAUUGGUUCAACGCGAUUUUGUUUGCGGUUCUCCUCUUGUUGGAAUUAUUUUUCAUGCCCGAGACACUUUAUCCUCGACAAACGAUGCUGUUACGACAGAACAGCACUAUGGUGACACAGUCAUCACCCCCAAACAGUGAAAAGGUCCAGAGCAAUGAGGUUCCAGCAGGCGGAUAUCACUUCGCACUACUGGAGGUUGAUCUGUGCAGGACGAAAGAUUUGCCCUUUAUUAACCUGCGACCAAUUCCUGGUGUGCGACACCCAAAGCCCUGGGACUCAAUUAUCCGGUUUUUCAUCACUUUCAAAUUCCCAUCCGUCUCAAUUGCAGUUCUCGGCUACUGCUUUCUCUGGUACUGGUGGGUUCUGAGCGUCAUCACCAUGGUCCCCGCCGCCUAUGCAAACUAUACCCCUGUGAUACAGGGACUUCUGUUCUUGGGACUCUUCUUGGGCACUGUUUUAUCCGAGAUCUUCUGCUCUGGCCGAUUGAGUGAUUCGAUUGUACGGAGGCUGUCCAAGAAACGAGGCAAUGUCCGUGUGGCCGAAAUGCGAUUAUGGCUAGCUUAUCCCGCUAUUGUCAUCACAGCAGUUGGCUUGAUUCUGUGGGGGAUCAGUAUUGAUAAAAACUAUCACUGGAUGGUCGGACAAGUUGCAUUUUUCCUGUUCGCCGCAGGCAUUCAGAUCGGAAACACGGUGACCAGCAGCUAUAUUGUGGACAGCUAUCCGUUGCAAUCAAUGAGCGUGGUGACUUUCUAUUCUGUGUUUCUCAAUUUAAGUGCAUUUGUCAAUCCGUUCUUUAUUGCGCCCUGGCAAGUGUCUAAUGGCUGGACUUGGACAUUUACGACGCAAGGCCUGAUUGUCCUGGUGGGAGGCUCUUUGUUGUUCGGGACCUUGCAUAAAUAUGGUGGUGCCAUGCGAGCGAAAGCGCCGCAGCCGUCUUGGGUCAAUCCCGAGUAUGACGCUGUCCUGGAGGUCCCGGCAGCAUAG